AUGAUGUUUACGCCCGCAAAGCUUGCAGUCUUGCUGUGCGCUUUUGUCUCGACCGCCGUCGUUGCCACGCCUAGCCCUGCAGUGGCAUCCAACGAUCUCGGACCUUGGUUCGCGACAACGGUCACGGUUUCGAUGGGCGGUGGUGGCCCAGGAGAGUUUCAAGCGACUGUGCAACUCCAGGUCCGCAGACAUGACAAUGGAUUGUAUGGUAACGUCCCGCCCGGGUGGAGUCUCACGUUCAAGGAGACUGGCCGUGAUGGCCGUGGAGGUGUAAGUGGUCGCAUGAUCAUCGACCAGAACAAUGGCAACAAGCUUGAUUGGGUAGUCCAUCACAGAUACGGUCAGGUGAUGCUUUCCUACUACCAUAUCAACAGCUUGUACAUCGGAGGCGUCCUCGUCGACAACUGGGCCGAUCUCAGCGUCGAAGUCGUUAGCGCUGGCGAGACAAUCGCGGCUUACUAG